CCCUCGGAUGCGCGUCGCAACUCGCCGGUGGGUUUGGUCGCAGCCAGGGCAGCUGGCCCGGCAACCCACGGGGGAAUUCGGUGGCCAAAAGGGGACAGGAGGACAAGGGGGGACUCUGUGGGUGUGUGUCCCCUCCCCAGCUCCCCGCUGCUGGAGGUAUGAGGCGUCUCCCCGUCCUUAGAGGCAGCAUCUGAGCCCCAGCCUGGAAAUAGAGCCCAGAGGGAUGUGGAGCCACAGAGGCAGAGGACCCUGUGACUGACACAACCUCUCCAGCCCACAGCUGAAUGGAAAGAUUGCAGAAGCAACCACUGACCUCCCCUGGGAGCGUCUGUUCCUCCCGCGGGUCCAGCGUCCCCGGAUCGCCCUCCAGCAUCGUGGCUAAAAUGGACAACGAGGUUCUGGGCUACAAGGACCUGGCUGCCAUUCCCAAGGACAAAGCGAUCCUGGACAUCGAGCGCCCCGACUUGAUGAUCUAUGAACCCCAUUUCACCUAUUCCCUCAUGGAGCACGUGGACCUGCCCCGGAGCCGAGAGCGCUCCCUGUCUCCCAAAUCCAUCUCUCCUCCUCCGUCUCCGGAGGCCAUCCGGGAGUGGCUGGAGAGCCGGACCCCCGGCAGUGCCCCCCAGCCCAGCUCCCGCCCGGCCAGCAGCUCAACCCGCAGCAGCGUGCAGCACUUCCACCGACCAGAGACGGACACAACAGAGCUCAACAUCUACAAGAAGCCUCCCAUCUACAGGCAGAAAGACCACCACCCCAGCGCCCACCACGGGAAGCAUCUCAUAGAGGACUUGAUCAUUGAAUCCUCCAAGUUCCCAGCGGCGCAGCCCCCAGACCCAAACCAGCCCGCCAAGAUCGAGACUGACUACUGGCCGUGCCCCCCUUCCCUGGCUGUCGUGGAGACAGAGUGGAGGAGGCGGAUGGCCUCCAAGAGAGGGGAAGAGGAAGAGGAGGACCUGACAGAGGAGAUGAAGAACCUGCGGGAGCUCCAGAGGCAGGAGCUGAGCAAGGUCACCUCCAACCUGGGGAAGCUGAUCCUGAAGGAGGAGAUGGAGAAAUCUCUCCCGAUCCGGAGAAAAACCCGCUCGCUGCCAGACCGGACACCUUUCCACACGUCUCUGCACAUGAGCAGCUACAAGAGCUCCUCGCUGCCCACCUCUGGCAGGAGCACCCUCACCAGGCUGCAGUCAGCAGAGUUCAACUCAGCAGGCAGUGAGAAGGGCAGUCCGGCCCUGCAGAACGGCCAGCGCGGGCGCAUGGAUAGAGGCAAUUCCCUGCCCAGCAUGCUGGAGCAAAAGAUCUACCCCUACGAAAUGCUGAUGGUGACAAACCGAGGCCGUGUCAAGCUGCCUCCUGGUGUGGACAGGACCCGGCUGGAGCGGCACCUUUCCCCUGAGGAUUUCCUGAGGGUCUUCGAGAUGCCCCCCGAGGAGUUCAGCAAGCUGGCCCUCUGGAAGCGCAACGAGCUGAAGAAGAAAGCCUUCCUCUUCUGAGCCCCCAGCUCAGCCCCUGCCACCCCCUCCAACUGCUUUAGGGCUCUCAGCCGGUUUUAUUAGGGACCCCCCGCCCCCCCUCCUCUCUCUCCCCUCACCCCCAGCCCUCCCAGUUCUGCCCCCCUCCCCCCCGCCUCGCUCCUCCUGGGGGAAAAGGGCUAGGGGGGCUCGAAGCUGGCUCUGCUGCCUGGCUCAUGGGGGGGAUAAUGGGGCUGGGGGCAGGCACGGUUCAGCCUGGAGGGGAGGUGAGGGGCUGGGGGGGGGUUGUCUCUGUGUGUUGUGCCCCCCUCUGCCCCCAGGGCACGACAGCAGGGGCAGUGCCUGGCUCUGCUUUGGGCUGGGAGUGUGCAGGCUCCAGUGUGCAGGCAGAGCGGGGGGCUUCCCUCUUCCCUGGGGGGUCAGUGCCCCUCUGCCCCCCUCAGGGUGCUCCUCUGUCUCCCCUCGGGGUGCUCCUCUGCCCCCCCACGCCUUCACCCUAAGAUUUGGGAGGAGUCUGGGGACCCACUCACUGCCAGACCGAGGUGCUCCCAGCAAAGCCAGGCCAGCAUCCCACCUUGUGUCCCCCCCCCCCAUCCAACUGCCCUUUUAACACUCCCCCCUCCCCAAAACCCAGGUCCCUCCUGUGCCAGCCUCUGCAGCACGGACCCGUACACUGCCAAAUCCUGCAGGGCUGGGAUGCUGGUGCCAUGGAGCACCUCGGGAUGGGGCAGGGGGGGGUGGCAGAGUGAGGGUCCCACUGGGACCCCUUGGGGCAGCUCUCACUGCAAUUCUAACUACUGGACUUGUGUGUUUGGGGGGGGGAUUGAAGGUUUGGGGUGAUGAACCAGGGUGAUGCAGCCAGGCAAGAAAGCAGCAGGACAUGGCUCAGUGGGGUCUCGGGUGGCCACGGGGGGUCUGGGUGGUCCUGGGGGUCUGGGCAUGGCUGUAUCCAUGUGUCCCCCCCCCCCGCAGCCGUGCAGGCAGGGCUCGGCACCAGGCAGCACCUUCCUUCCCUUCUCACAACCUUCUUGGGGCACAGUUUUUUGGGCAGGACCCUCCCCUGCCCUCUCACCUCCCCCCCCCCUCCACCCACCCACCCACCCCCCGACUCCCCCACGCUCCCCAGUUUCUGUUUCCAGCCACUUUCCAGCCGCUAGACCUUGUUGGGAUGUAAAGAAUGUAAUUUAUCGGGAAAUCACCGACCCAUACUUGACUUUUCACUGCUACAAAACGACAUAUCUAUAAAUAUAUAUAUAAAUCCGGGUUGGUUUCUGACUGGACGACAGCGAUUCACUCUCUCUGGUUGUUUUUUUUUUUUUGUUAGAAGUUUAUUUUAUUUGCUGGUGUCGGAGAAAUCCGCGUGAAGAGUGAUUUUUUUGCUUACAAUUAAAGGUGAAAUGGCUUUAUCCA